AUGCGUGCCGUGAAGGCCGCGACCGGCAAGAAGAAUGCGCGUGCAAAGUUAUUUCGUAUCAAGGUUAUAUCCAUGGGCGAUUCCGCAUGCGGUAAAUCCUGUCUCAUAAAGCGCUAUUGUGAGGAGAAGUUCGUUUCCAAAUACAUACCUACGAUCGGUGUUGAUUACGGCGUCAAACCCAACAAAUACAACGACUACGAGGUUCGGGUCAAUUUAUGGGAUCUGGCGGGCGGUGCCGACUACACGGAGGUGCGCAAUGAGUUUUACAAGGAAGCACAAGGUUGUGUACUGGUGUACGAUGUGACUAAUCGGGCAAGUUUCGAGUCCUUGGAGAUCUGGCUUGAGGAGAGCAAACGACACGGCGCUGAGAACAUGGUAAUCUUCGUCGCGGCCGCUAAGACCGAUUUGCCUGUUCGGAAGGUGUUUGAGAAGGAGGGUCGCGAGUGGGCGCAGUCCAAGGGCUUCCCUUUCUACGAGGUGUCCGCCAGCAGCGGUGCGGGCGUCAAGGCCCUGUUCACCAGCCUCUUCGCCCGCAUCCUGGCCACCGUACCCGGCAUACCGGAGGACCUCACUGCGUUGGCAGUGCAGCAAGCCAAUAUGGCGAGAGGGGAGGAGGCCACGUGAUGCCACGACACAACUUGACUGACUCGGCGCACUGGGUGAUGUGGAAAUUCAACGCCACGUGGCCCCUGGCGUAAAAUGACGUGUAUAUUCAGCAUACGUGAUGACAUGGGGGGGGGGGAAAGAGAGAGAGAGAGAGAGAGAGAGAGAGAGAGAGAAAGAGAGAGGCAUAAGAUAUGGCGGCACCACCAGCACAGCAGGAAUAUGAACUGGGGGGCUGCAGACGUGGCGCGCCCACGGCGCGAGGAAGAGGAGCCAGGUGGUGGCGGUGGCUGCAAUUUGGGCUACGCCGGGAGGAACCUGCUGCAGGCCAGGCUUUGCCGUUAUCGAAGUGCACGUGUGGAUAAAGCUGUGGUGAUAUCGAUACACAGCUAGAAAGAGCCCGUCAGUCCGCCAGCCGGGUGCGAGGCGAGUGGUGAGCGGCUGGUGCUAUAUCCUUGGCAGGUGACAAACGCAGCAAACAGCCUACGACGGUCAACCAAAGGGAGGGGCCCAUGCGCUGGAGGUAAUACGGCUGUGGCUCUUUUUUUCAAUCUCUGGUUGAUCCUAGAUUAAGGUUCCAAGAGUGUGUCGCAAUAGAGUGGGUCAACACGCAACGAACCUCGGACGUGCAAAGUAUAAAAUGUGGAGGCCGGUGGUUCCGGCAUAUAUGUACAUAAUAGAGGCGACGGCACCGCCGUUCGCACGGACGGGCGCCGGAACCUUUACACCUUCCUUAAUAUGAAGCU